AUUCCUGCAGCAGUUAAAGCCAUGAGAAUAUUGAUAUAAAUGAGUGAAUGUAUAGCCAUAAACUAUUAGACCAACGUCAGACUUUUCUUUUAUUCAGAGGUUUGGCUUCCUGCCAUGCAUUCAGGCAAUAAAUUGGCUGUAACAGAGUGACUUCUAGCAUUCUGCUGAGUAGAAGUAUCCCAGCAGAGACAGCUGCAGGCAAAAUAAGGACUGAAAAAGGAAGACAACUCAAGUUAUCAGGAUUUCUCAAGUGCUUCCAUAAUGCUGCUCCGCUCAGGCCGCAGAAAGUCAGAUGAAGUGUUUUUCUAUGCAAAGCAGUCUGUUAAGACACAAUCUCUGCUGAAGACUGUGAAAACAGCUCCUGGAAAGCCAGUAGAAUUUAGUCUUCGAGAAACACUGAAAUGCUAUAUACUGACUGAAGAUUCGAAAACAGUGCAUUUUGACGUAGAUGAUGAAGGCCAUCAUGAAAUAUCAACCAAGGAUACACAAUCCUGUGAAGAUAUUGCAUGGUUAAACAUGUUCACAAGGGGUGGAUCAGCAACUAAUGAUUCUAGAAAUUUUGUGAUCCUUACACAGAGAUCAAAGCAUGAUGAAUUUGUCCUGUUGUGCAAGGGUAAGAAGCAGCGCUCUCUGAAGGUUUUAAAAGCGCCCCGUUCAGAGCCAGAUUACCCUCCAGUGGAAAGACGCAACACGAGAAAACGCAAGCAUGAAUAUCCUGACUUCAAACAGCUGAAUGAAGAUAAUCACUUUUUCAUCAUGCAUUACCAAGGAGAAUCAGUGCAGUUCCAAUGCUAUGAAGACAGAAAUUACUACUUGUAUGUGAAUGACGACUCACUUGAUAUUCGCAAGCUGGAAAACAAAGGAUCCAAAGAUGAUAAAAAUUUUUACUUCAGGGUGUCAUAUUUAUAGGAACUGUAACUCAGCUGCUUUUCCAUGGCCUAAGUGUCUUGUAAUAGCCUAACAGAAGAGAAUGAGUGCUGAGGUCAACUAAUUUCCAUUUUGGCUUACAUUUGUACUUUUUAAAAUUUCUUGGGUCACCAUUUUGCAUGAGUAACAGCCUUUAUUUCUCUACUUUGUAUAGGAAAAUAGAAGGGCUAAAUCUGAAAAACAUAAUAACUGAUCAGUAUCUUUGUGUCUUCCCUGCACAAUUAUGUUUUUAAGGAACUGAAUUCCUCUUGCAGGGGAAAAAUACACAGGGGAUAUUUCAUAGAUGGGGUGAAAAGAAGGAAGCAUAAGUGGAUAUGAAAUGCAAAGCACAGUUAGUUCUUUACUUGGUAAACAUUUUACUUUUUAAAAAAUUGUCUCUUAUGAGCUUGCCUAAACUGGAGCAGAAAAUAUUUAAAAUUAAUUAAACGUGUAUAAGUGCAUCCUGACUGAUUGACUGACUGACUUUGGGAAAGUAUUGGAAAAGUUGUCCCAGGUCUGAGAAGAAAGGAAGAUGCUGAACGUUAGACAGAAUUUCUUUCCGCCAAUUUAGUGCCAAGUCAGCCCAUAUACUCCAUUGUGCAAUUUCGUCAUGCAUCUGUGGAUGCACAUCAGCUUUCUAAGAAAACAUACACAGAGCAUCAGACUUAAAACAUGCAGGCGGAGGGAAGGAGACACGUUGAAAUGUCAAGGCCUAACAAUGCCUAUGAACACCCUCAGAAAAGUGCUCUGACAUACUGGCUUCCAACUCUAAAUCAUAAAAGGAAAUGUGAUCAUGUGUUCAGCAGCAAAGCAGAGUGCAGAACAGCAUCUGCAAAAUAAUUAGGUGUUUAAAAUAACUGAAUAAAAUAAAUGCUCAUUGGUUUUGUUGGGUGUGCUGGAGGAGAAGGAAGAGUACACGCCUUUUAGCAACAUGACACUUAGUCCAUAGACCAUACUCUGUAAAGCAGAAAACAUUUAAGAUACAAGAAGAGACAAACCAAAAGUGUACACAGGAUCUCUAGGUCUUACAGAUCUAUUUUUCCAUCACUAUGCAUCGAAUCCCAUUGUGAUUUAGUGGCAAUUCUCUUCAUUGAAGGUAAUUGGAGAAUGUAUGUGUACAAGUGAUAGCCACCAAACUCCUGUGCCAAGUUGUUGCUUAGUUGCAGAGGAACAGCCUACAAGCAACACAGCACUUGCAGGAAACGUUCUGUGUAAAUACAAUAAACAAUGCAUACCUGAACUAGGGAUCCUAAUGUCAGUCAGUCACACCAAUGUACAUUUCAAUAGGGCAAUUAUCGGUACUAAAUCAAACUCCAAAGGUCUGUGAGACUGUAAAAGAUUUUUCUUCCCCACCCCCUACUAGCAGUGUGGAGUUUCAUUGCUGGGCUUGUUGUACUCUUCAAAUAGUGAAAAUAAUUCUGUUGCUUCCAGUGCUGACUGAACAGAAAAGAACAUUUGAGUAUUUCUUAAUUACCAAAAUUCUGGAUCUGUUAAAAAUUUAGUGAAGUCACUGGGAAAUGACUAGAAGUCCUAGCUAUUGUAUUCAGCAUAUGUUACACUAGAAUUAUUUUAGCACUAUCUAUCAUGUUGCAUAAUAAAUAAAUUAUAUUAUGUAUUAGGUACAAUAAUUUCACUAACUGAUACACUAACACUUCGCAGCCACACAUUUAAUAUUGGAAUAUGAUCACUUUACUAAAUUACAGAACAUGAUCUCUAGAUGGUAAGUUGACGAAAUAAUCACAAAUCAUCAUAAAGCUCAUACAAAGCAUAUUAAUGAAACCAGUAUUACUGAUGUUAGCAAAAAAGUAAUGUAGACCUCAGUGAAUUUUGAAUGCAUCCUAUAGCUAAAACUCAAAUUAUUGUUAUAUGCAGAAUCUUGUGCUUUUACCAUGUAGCUUAAAAAUAAGAUUUUUCUUAUCAAUUUAGGGAACAAAAGCCCUUGUGGAAAGCAGCGGUGCUAAUUUGGUCAAUUUUCAGAUUUAAGACAUGAAGUGUCACUUUUUUUUAUCAGAAAAUAUAACAAAUUCAGCCACCUUUUCAACUAUAAUGUACACCAAAAAAGAAGUUAAAAAUUUCUGGAUCUUGAUGUUUCCUGUAUUCUUAUCUUGCUCUGUAACUGAUAUUUUCAAAUUCCUGCAGAUCUGAGUGUCUCUUGAGUGGCAGAUAAGUUUUUAUUUUGUGAGGUAGAAAGCAUAAAUAAGUUUUAUUUCAUAAUAGGAAAUGAAAUACUGUUUAUUUUCAAAAAAGUACCAAUAUUCUUCAACUUCUACAUAGCCUAUGUGAUAAUUAUUAAAAAAUUAAAAUGAAUAUUAAAAUAAA